UCCUACAAGAACAGGCUGGGUUUACGGGAAAACGUCACGUGUGUAGGUUAAUUUUGGAAGGCAGGGAAAGAUUUAAAAGGAUGCCAUGUCUGUGAGCAUCCAGAAGACAUCACAGGAACCAGGAACAGUUCUAGCUACUCUGUACUUCACACAAACAUGGAUUAUUUCUUCAAGGCUGUCAGUAGCACUGUAACAGCAGUUGCUGGAGGUACUGCUGCAGCUGCAAAAGCCUUGGCGGAAACACGAGUGGAGGUUGCCAAAGGAAUUUCAGAAGGAUUUCAAGAAGCAAUGGCUGAGAAGGACAGAGCUUGUACAGGAGGGGAAAAGCGCUUAGUAAUUGUAGACCUGCUGACUAAACCAGUAGCUGGUGCCGUUUCAGCUGGGAUUAAAGGCAUUGCGAAGGCUCCAAGGAAAGUUGUGGAAGGAGCUGUGGAAGCAAACACGGAUGACGUCUUCAAGGCGAUUGGUGUCACUGCAGCAGGAUUGGCUGGAGGUACAAUUGGUGUCAUGAAAGCUGUGGUGGACACCUCAGUAGACGUUGUCAAGGGAGUUAAAGAAGGACUUGAUGAAACAAGGAAUGAGGUGGACACCUCUUCCAUGGAAGAAGAAGGACUCAUGGCAUAUGCAGAUGUGUUGACUAAACCGGUAGCCAGUGGAAUUUCAGCCGGGAUUAAAGGCAUUGCGCAGGCUCCAAGGAAAGUUAUGGCAGGAACUGCGGAAGGUUUGGAGGCUGUAUCGGCAAACAUGGAUUAUUUCUUCAAGGCUGUCAGUGACACUGCAGCAGCAGUUGCUGGAGGUACUGUUGCGGCUGCAAAAGCCUUGGUGGACACAUCAGUAGAUGCUGCCAAAGGAUUUUCAGAAGGAGUUCAAGAAGCAAUUGCUGAGAACAACAGAGCUCGUACAGAAGAGGAAAAGAUCUUUGCAUUUGUAGAUCUGCUGACCAAACCAGUAGCCGGUGGCGUUUCAGCUGGGAUUAAAGGCAUUGCGAAGGCUCCAAGGAAAGUUGUGGAAGGAGCUGUGGAAGCAAACUCAGAUGAUGUCUACAAGGCAAUUGGUGCCACUGCAGCAGGAGUUGCUGGGGGUACGAUUGGGGUCGUGAAAGCUGUGGUGGACACCUCAGUAGACAUCGUCAAGGGGGUCACAGACGGAUUUGAAGAAGCAAAGACCGAAGUGGACAGUGCUUGUUCAGAAGAACAAAAGGCCAUGGCGUUGGUAGAUGUGCUGACUACACCAGUAGCCGGUGGAGUUUCAGCUGGGAUUAAAACUAUUGCGCAGACGCCAAAGAAAUUUGUGGCAGGAGUUGUGAAAGGUGUAGAGGCUGUAAUCGAUGAAUAACUCACUGUAAUAAGACAUACACCAGUAGAGUCUGUCUGACUAUUAGGACAUGUGUGGAAAUCUGAUGAAGUUUUAUCUUACAUCAAGUUACAUCAAUGUUGAAGAUCAGAAUCAAGCAACCAAAGUGGCUCCGAUCUGUUUUGAAAAGAUCCGAUUUGCCUGUUAACUCACAGCUCUGAUUUGUGACCCACUAAGGCAAAGAAAAUGAGAUUGAUGCUAUAUCAACCUUGCUACGUGAACAUAGCUGAAGCAGCACUUUUUAUUUCUAUUUUUUUGGCUUUAAUGUGUCAGAUUUCAGAGCUAUGUUGAUACGCAAAUACAACAUUUUCAAAUUAUAUCUGA